AUGUACAACAAAAAUUCAUCUACGAUUGUCAACAGAACUAAUUUGUCUGCGACGUCGUUGUUGAUUCCAUCAGUGGACAAUAACUUCAGCAGAGUUCUAGUAGAAAUCGUCUACGUUGUGAUUUUUGUUUUAGGAACAGUUGGCAACGUCGCGAUGAUUUUUCUUCUGAGACGAAGAAGUCGUCGCAGGAGACAAUCACCAAGCAAUCGUCUUCUUGUGCAUGUUGUAAUAUCAGAGAUGUCGGUCUUGCUGUUGAACAUACCGAUUGACAUUGCGCUCAUCCAUGUGGGACAUAGAUGGAUCUUUGGGCCAACAAUGUGUAAAAUUCUUUGGCCACUGCAAACUCUGUCUUUUGGCUCUUUUGUAUGGAUUCUGACUUUGUUGAGUUAUCAGCGUUAUCGAGGCAUUGUGUGUCCAUUAGAAGGUAAGCUAUCUACCAAACGCGUUAAUAGCAUGGUGUCAAUCGUAUGGCUGUUUUCUCUGGUUGUGGUGAUCCCUUAUGGAGCGUUUCUAGACUACCAAGGUGAUGACUGCAUUGAGACUUGGAACCAGUUUACAAGAAAAUGCUUCACUGUCAUUUUCUUUAUCGUUCAAUAUGCGUUACCUCUUGCCAUCACUCUGUACUGUUACGUAAAGAUAGCCAUAGUCGUACGCAAGGGACAUACAAACGUAAGACGCCAUAUCUCAGGAUCAAUUCAAGCUGAAUCAAGGCACAAGCAACGCAACUUUAGCGCUAUUCGCACAGCAGUCUUGUUCACGGUGAUAUUUGCAGUGUGCAUGUUCCCUCAUCAAGCUCUAUGGCUGUGGCUGGAAUUUGGCAAUUACCAAGGUGACAUUCGACAUGUGUUAACCUUUGCUUACAUGUUUACGUUUACAUCUGUGUUUAUGAAUCCACUGGUUUAUAUUCUCAGUACGCCGUCUGUUAGGAAGGAAUUUUGCCUGAAAGCAAGUGUUCUUAGGAUGGGCAGUUGCUCAGGUUCACACUUCGAAAGACGUUUCUUGAAGAAACGGUCUAGCACUAACUCAGGCACCGGAGAAUCGAUUGUUUAACAAUAAAUCCAAUGGAAAAUGACUUUUAUUUAAAGAUAAGGAAAGUCUCCACUUCUUUGUGAAGCGGACUUGAACAUCUAUACCACGUAGACGCGCCAAAAAUCACAGACUGUUUUGUGGUUUUUCCAAACUGCGGUUUCGUUAAUUCUAGCCUAUUGGCUUCUUUGAUUUCUAAUCUGUACGAGUCAUACAGAUAUUUUAUCAUCUAUUUCUAAAAAUGAUUUUCUGUAACGAUGUACCUGGAACACCUUUCCAUUUGGAUGCCCAACACGAAGGCACGCAUCUUGAUUUUACAGUGCUACUAGAGAAAUUACUGUUAAAAAUCUACAAAUUAACCAAAUUAAUAUUAUGACAUUUUAAACUCACUAAUUAGUGAGAAUUGAUGAGGAAGCAAACUAUAUUGAGAAAAAUAACAAAACGAUUUUCUUCACAAACAGUAUAUAUAUCCGCUUGUGAAUAAAUGACUAAAUGAACAAAAACAAACCGAUUUUCUUGAAUAUUGGCCAUGGYUUUGAAAAUUUGCAAAACGUCUAUAAAAUCCAAAAUUGAUGGUGACUGCAUGUGUCUUGUUUACAUAUGAAAUWAAAAUUUGCUAUAAACGGGAAGCUUGAAGAACAUUUAUUAACGAGGGUAAUUGAUAACUCGCCUACGCCUCGUGGUAGUAUCUUUCACUGAACGCCUCGGGUUAAUAUGACCUCUUUAUGAACACAAACCAGAAUAAUAGAAUGCGAUUAUUGCUUUCAAUGAAAUAUUUCACCUACUAAGCUUAUCGCCCCCGAAUGGUCCUACGCAAAUCGAAUUGAACGCUCUUAUGUCUUCGAUUUUUCUCCCCUCGGGGGUAUUAGCGUAGGAAGCGACGGGAAAGUGUCAUCGAUAAGGCCAAGUUGCAUAACAAAAGGCUGUAGAGCUUACAUAAGCAGCAUGUGAAAACACCGGAUUUGCAUGAGUCCAAUAUAUUGUAUUCAUAACCUUAUUUCUGAUACAAGAGUUCACGGUGGUAUAUGAUCUUUGAAUAACACAUCCGUAGAGCUGAAAGUGCGCUAUGGAAAGAAGCUGAUCWUUAGUUGUCUAUACUGAAUUAGAAAAUAAAGUAGAGUGUAUGAUUUCCUUUGCUAUGGAUACUAAGUACGUAUUGCAGACAUAUUCCAGACAAAAAAUAAAGAAAUAAAUAAAAUAACGGAUUAAAAAAAAAAACAGAGAAAAAAAUGCGACCAAACUAUAUGGGUCUAGAGUACAUAUUAUCAAAGUCCGAAUAGAAAUCAAUCUGAGCUACGUCAUUUAAUUUAUCACUAAAAGCACUCUACAGACCACGCCUAUUAAUAUAUCGAUAACCAAAACUAGUAAUACAACAGCACUUCAAAGAACAUAAAGAACAUGAGAUAAUGAAACACUUUGCCUAAAUGAACCUCUCAAAUUCUCUUAAAACAAAAAACAAAAAAAACACGCAAACAAAAUUUAGAAUCAAUUGAAUUUGAAUCAAAUUGCGUGGCGAGUACUUGAUAAAUCAAAAAAAACAAUCAAAUUGAUUGAAAUAACARCAAAAACACGGGAACUGAAAGAUUUAAUAAUCAUASACAGGAAGAUAGCGCAUUGAAGCUAGGUUUUAUGAUGAUCGAUGGUCAAUUUGAUACAUGGCUCUUGACGUCAUACCAUUUAAAUCUACAUCCUUUUCGUGUCGUCUUUUCGUAUAUUUUUACUAUGGAAGAGCAUUCUUGAAAGAU